CAGGCGCUAUACGAACACCAUGGGGAUGUUCUCAGCCUUUUUCCUUCGAGUGCGUUUCCUGCAAGUUGACUGGCUCCUUCCCUCUCGUCCUGCCCACCUCUGGACUGAAACCCUGGCUGGAGUUGAAGACCAACUGUCGCCUCAGGUCUCUCAGAGGGAGCGCACGGUUGUCUCUUGUAUGAUGUCUCCUCUCGUUGCCCGCCUGCUGCUCCUCGUCUGCUUGGCUUUACCUCUUUAUGGCGUGGAAAAGGUGAGAAAUAGAGGAUACCGAAAGGAUCCUGACGCUGACAAGUGCACGGGAAAUGAUGCAGAAAAGCCCAACUGCACUAGACAUUCUGGAGAAGGAAGAUCGACUUAUUUGAACAACAUGUAUGGCACUUGCAUGCAGGGGCCGGCAGGCACUCCUGGCAGGGAGGGUAACCCUGGAACCAACGGCAUCCCGGGGACGCCGGGCAUCCCUGGCCGUGACGGGCUCAAAGGAGAGAAAGGGGAGUGCAUUAAUGAGAUCUUCGAGGAGCCCUGGAGGCCCAACUACAAGCAGUGUGCCUGGAACUCUCUGAAUUAUGGGAUCGACCUGGGUAAAGUAGCUGACUGUACGUUCACCAAGCUGCGUUCAGACAGCGCCCUCAGAGUCCUCUUCAGUGGCUCCCUCAGACUCAAGUGUAAGAACGCAUGCUGCCAGAGGUGGUACUUCACCUUCAAUGGGGCAGAGUGCACAGGACCCCUGCCCAUAGAGUCCAUCAUCUACUUAGACCAAGGAAGUCCUGAGCUCAACUCGACCAUCAACAUCCACAGAACAUCCUCAGUUGAAGGGCUGUGUGAGGGUGUGAAAGCAGGGUUGGUGGAUGUGGCCGUGUGGGUUGGGACCUGUGCCGACUACCCCAGAGGUGACGCAUCCACAGGGUGGAAUUCAGUAUCCAGAAUUAUCAUCGAGGAACUGCCCAAAUAAAAUAAAAUGUUUCAUGUAAGGGAGGGACCGGUGCUGGUAGUAUAACAGUAGGGUCAUCUGGCCCUCCAAAAUGAUCAGGUUUGGUUUGCUGAGGGCUCACAGCAUCACUGAUGCUAACUUGAAUGUUUUUAUGUUGUGUUUAAAUACUAUACUAGUCGACAGGCCUAUAAACAAAAAUACUGUCAUUCUGUCUAGCAGAAAUAAACUUUGUACUGUAGCUUCUCUGCUUACGGGUGCUGUUGGUAUACAGUCACCAUUUAACAGACAUUGUGACGAGACACUGACGAUAUUUAAACUAUGUACUCAUGUGACCUGUUUAUAUUCCUUAUUACUGUUAAUAAAGUCACCUUUUUUAAAGAACUGAA